AUGAAUACCAUUAAGGAAUGCCUAUCCGAAGGAUCUUUAAAACGUACCUUGUUACCAAAAUGUCGUUUGUUCGUCUGUAACAGAUGUUCAAAGGCUUACAAAUGGCGUAGUAGUUUGAUGCGUCACCAAAUGAUAGAGUGCGGCAACAAAGAGAAGAAAUUCCGUUGUUCUAUAUGCCCUAACAAGUAUUAUCAUGAUUAUCAAUUGGAGAAGCAUACUCUGACAGUUCACAAGUUAUCUAAGAAAAAAAAAGCCCGAGAACGUUACGACUACGUUUGCGAAUUAUGUGGGAACGAUUAUAAAUGGGCUAGCAGCUUGUUACGUCACCGAAAGGAAGAAUGCGGUAACAAAAGGAAAAAAUUCAAUUGUCAUUUAUGUUCAAUGAAGUUUAGUUUUCGAAACAGAUUGAAACAACAUUAUCAAGAUUAUCAUGGAUUAUCUAAAGACGAGAUGAAGAAGAGGAUUGUGGCGAUUAAUUCGUCGUCAACAAAACGGAAGUAUUCGCCGAGUGCGGCCAUCGAUUGGUAUUAUCAAUACCAAACCUUAUACCUACGUCUGAUGGCCGAGAAUCAAAUGGCCGAAAGUGUUAGCUGUACUGGAAACGCCUUACCUGAUAAGGAACAACAAGCUACGAGUAGAAAACAUCCGAAGGAUUGCUCUAACAAUUUGGAAAAAGUUGUACAAGAGUCAUCCGUUAACCUGGAUAAUAAUACUAAUCUUCAAGGAAAUUGCGGAAAUGUUAAUGUACGCAGUGGUGACUCAAGUGGUUACUCAUGUUUACGUUGCGGAAACGCAUACACAAGGCCACACUCAUUGAACCGUCAUAUUAGAUUCGAAUGUGGUGUCGAGCCACAAUUCGAAUGUCCAAUUUGUCACAAAAAGUCAAAACACAAGCACAAUCUUUUGUUACACAUGCGAACCCAUCAGAAACCAUGA